AUGUCGUGCCCAAAUUGGCAAAAGCAAUGGUUGUUUGAUGGUAGUUUAAAGGAUCCGAAAACAACAAAGUGGCGACGGAGUUGCCCAGAUGCUGUGCCAGAUCAUGUUGGGCAUGCUGACAACAACAAAUUAUAUGUCGAUGACAGGGUCUGCGAUAGCAAUAAAGAUGCCAUCCAUGGGCAUUUGUGUCGAGAUUUUCCAUCUGAAAUUUGUCUGGACAGCAAUACGUCGCCUCUGAAACGACAAAAGUUCGAUCACGUCUGCUGAUAUUUCGCCCUGUUCUGUUCGAUUUGGCUGAGGACAUAAUGGAUAUUGCUGACAACAACACGUGAUUUAUUUCAUCUUGUGGUAGGUUGUAGUUGUGUUUUUAUUAAAUUUAUGUGGGUAACAUCCUUGCAAAAAAUAAUUUUAACCCCCCAACAUCCCCACCACCACCACCCAAAAUCCAAAUUGACCAAAAUUUACUCAAAUGUACUCCAGGCUAUCAUUUAGUGCUUGGAAUAUAAAUGGCCUGAAACAUAACACUAUCGGUAACAAGCUUACCAAUGGUGAUUUUAUACAAAAUAUAAAAGAUCAUGACUUAAUCUUCUUGACUGAAACAUGGUCCAAAGAGACAAGCAGCAUUCCUGGUUUCAAGGCAGUAUCUACCAUUACGGCAACUCCCAGAUCCAAUCGUAGUUGCCGUUUGUCUGGUGGAAUUUCAGUCUUGUUUAAAAAAGAAUUGGAAACCUUUCUCUCAAUUGAAAAACAAACAAAAAAUUUCUUGUGGUGUCGAAUAGAUCAUACAAUUUUAAACCAAACAAAAGAUCUAUUUGUUUGUGGAGUCUACAUUCCGCCAGAAAUGUCUCCAUACUUUGUUGAUGAAAUAUUUGAAGAACUGGAAAAUGACAUUUUGAAUUUCUCCAAAAAAGGAAACAUAAUGCUGUUAGGGGACUUUAAUGCCCGUACCAGCAAUCUGAAAGAUUUUGUAUCAAAAGAAGGCAACACCUUCAUAAAUGACAUCUCUGAAACAUCUUUUGAACCAAAAAUCAGAGAAAGUUUUGAUAACUCUACUAACCAGCAUGGUAAAAGUCUUAUUGAAAUUUGCAAAAAUUGCAACAUGAGAAUUCUGAAUGGAAGAACUCUUGGUGACUCGUUUGGUAAACCCACUUCCCAUCACAAAAAUGGAACUAGUGUAGUUGACUAUAUAAUCUGUGACCAAGAGCUUACACAAACCAUCGAAAACUUUAUUGUCAAACCACCAACCUACUUAUCUGACCACAGUCAAAUUGUGACGUGGAUCAGAACAAAGCAACAUAUUAACUCAACUAGCAACAUAACUCCGACUCCCAUAUCUACUACUCAUAAACUCCCUUAUCAAUUGACCAUUUGCGUAAUAGACUAAAUUUUGAUCUAAACAAGUCUAGACAAAAAUUUCAUAACAGCUUGAAAGAGCAUCACAAAAUUAGUAAUAUUCCAAAGUUUCGUUGCGAAAUGUUGUAAAACGCGGAAAAUAUAGCCAUGCGAAAUUUGCAAUUUUCAGUCAUUUUAGAUUACAAACGGGAAAUUGACAGCCUCGAAGGGUUCGAGGCUGUCAAUUUCCCGUUUGUAAUCUAAAAUUACUGAAAAUCACAAAUUUCGCAAGGCUAUAUUUUCCGCAUUUUACAACAUUUCGCAACGAAACUUCGGAAUAUUACUAAUUUUGUGAUGCUCUUUCAAGCUAUGAUGAAAUUUUUGUCAAUAUCAAAAUUUAGUCUAUUACGCAAAUGGUCAAUUUACAUGGGAAAAUGAUUCGCCAAUCUCAUUCACUGAAGCUUUAAAAUCAGUCGAAAUCCAACAAAAACUGGAAAGUUUAAUCAACUAUGACACUCCCCUCACAAAGGAAGGAGUUAACACAUUCGCUUCCAGAAUGGAAGAUAUUAUUUUGCAUGCCGGAAAGAGUUCCCUCCAAAUAAAAAAGACCAAAUUCAGAAACAAAAUAUCUAAUGUCUGCAAUAAGAAAUGGUUUGAUAAAGAAUGCCGUUUAAAAAGACAUUCAGUUAGGAAACUUGCCAACCAAAAACACCGUGAUCCCCUGAAUAACGAUAUAAGAAACGAAUACCAUUUUGCCCUCAAAAUUUACAAAAACACGUUAAAACGUAAAAAGAACUUUUUCAUGAUAAAAGACUAGAAGAACUAGAAAGAGUGUCUGAAAAUGACCCAAACUCCUUCUGGAAAGUACUUAAGAACAUGAGUGAUGAACUCGAAGACUUUUCCUUUAAUAAGCCGGAUGUUACAGCCAGCAGUUGGCUAAAUCAUUUUGAAUCUCUGCACACAAAGCACUUAAUAGGCCCUGAACAGAUUAAUAUCUUACAAACGCUUAAAACUCUUGAAAUGGAACCCACAAAUAAUUUACUCGAUGAACCUAUUUCAGAAUACGAAAUUAUCAACGCUGCGAGGAAAUUAAAAAACAACAAAUCCGCGUACUCUGAUAAAAUAAGAAACGAAAUGCUCAAAUACAGUACAAACAUACUGUUACAAGGAUACAAAAAACUUUUUAACCUCAUACUAGAAACUGGUAGCUUCCCAGAUCAAUGGUGUGAAGGUCUCAUUACGCCAAUCUUUAAGUCUGCUGAUAAAACUAACCCCAACAACUACAGAAGAAUUUGUGUGACAAGCUUUUUGAGCAAAUUCUUCUGUAUUAUCCUUAAUGACCGCCUAAGCAAUUUUAGUUACCAACAAAGCUUAAUACAUCCAUCGCAAAUUGGAUUUCAGUCUGGUCACCGAACUGCAGACCAUAUUUUUACUUUGAAAACACUAAUUGACAAACAAGUAGAACAAAACAAAGGUAAAAUUUAUGCAUGUUUCGUGGAUUUUAAAAAAGCCUUUGACUCUAUUUUGCACGAAGGUCUUUUUUUUAAAUUACUUGAAAAUAAAAUUGAUGGUCAGUUUUACAGUCUUAUAAAGAGUAUUUAUUCUAACUCGAAAUGUGCAAUCAAACAAAACAACAUCAGAACCGAUUUUUUCACUUAUUCUAAAGGUGUACGUCAACGAUGUAUACUAAGCCCCCUUCUUUUCAAUAUUUAUAUAAAUGAAAUAACGACCUUAUUUAAAAACAACAAUUCGGACCCAUUUAUACUGCCUAACGGAACAGAACUGAGCUGUCUUCUUUACGCAGAUGAUCUAAUUAUACUAUCUAAAUCAAAAUUCGGCCUCCAGAAGUGUCUGGAUAAACUCCAUAGCUGGAGUAAGAAGUGGCUAAUGGAGGUAAACCUAAAGAAAACCCAAAUUAUGAUUUUUGAAAAAAGGAAAACAAAAAAAGCGAAGCCAAUUUUCACACUAGGAAAUGAAAAGAUAUCUGUUGUACAGGAAUACUGUUACCUAGGCAUAAAGCUUAAUCACAAUGGUAAUUUUUCCUUGGCUAUCAAACAGCUGAGUGAAAAAGCCCUGCAUGCGCUCUAUAGCAUCAGAAGACGGCUCAACCUACACCAACUUAACCCCAAAUCUGCUAUUAAAAUUUUCGACAGCAAAAUUUGA